GUGGACGUGGAACGUGGAACGUGGGGUUGAGAUCUGGAUGUGAAGUUGUGCUGUGGCUGUGGACGGGGAGACGUUGAGUAUCUUGUUAUUUUAUGUUGUAGACUCCAUUUGCUCUUUUAUUAUUCUUAUUACUGUAUACAUUUAUAUUAAACAUCUUAUUGUUAUUAUUAUAUUUAUAUAGUGUUAGUUGUCUUUGUUUGUCGCUACAUAUAUAUAUACCCUAGAUUCCAGAACCCAACAUUUGGGGGCCCGUCCGCUUAGUAUGGCGACUACCAGGAGUGCCAGAAGACAGCUAAUAAGUGACUUGAAGGAGGAGGGAAAGCUAAUCGGGCUGACCGAUGACAGUUUGGCGGAGUGGGUAAAGGAAGAGUUGAGGAGAGUGGAAGAUGCGAAGGUCGAGGUUGUAGCAAAGGUAUGUAACCCUGUACCCCGCUUGAGGGAUGUGGCGGCGAUGACGGUGGACGAAGACCUGGGUGCGUAUGUGAGGCAUUUUGAGAGUCAGGCAAAGAGACAAGGCAUUGACCCCAAGGACUGGUCGCUCCUUCUGACGGACAAGAUGAGUGGACAACUGAAGACUUUCCUCGUUGAGACGGGACUGAACCUGCAUCAUGACUUCGAGUCAGUAAAGGUAAAGUUAUUCACGCACGCAGGUUUCAACGAGGAAAAGUAUAGGGUCAGAUUCCACCAGCUGGUACCAACACACGACGACAUGAGAAGCUUCGCAGUCAACACAGAAGCCGCUUUGAGAGCGUGGGUCCGGCAGUCGGAGACAAAAGAAACGUUUGAGGACUUGGUGAACCUCCUGAUAGUUGAUCGUAUAAAAUCGGUUGUCACGUGUGAUCUGUUGGAGAGGCUGAAUGGUGCUGCUAAGAAGCUGUGUAUGAUGAUUACGGGCUGGAGAUGAUUAAUGUAGUUAAAACGGCUAUCGAGAAGGGAACUCAGUUUGAUCGCCUUUAAGGAAAGAUGACCAUCUAUGGCGACGUACGCAUCUGCCGAUGGGCCCUUGCACUACAGGAAUUAGCCUGUACUGUGAAACAUAUCAAGGGAACUGAGAACUUUGUAGCAAACAAUCUAUCAAGAGUGUUUUACGACAACUAGUGUAUAUGAUAUUGAGAAAUUUAUCAUUGUUGGAGAUAGUAUGAUUAUGUUAAAGAAUUUACUA